AUGUUAUUCAAAUCCACCAUCUUCAUCUCCCUCUUGUCACUCCCCAGCACAUUCGCCGCACCCGCACCCGCACCCGCAGACGAAGUACUAGGUCCACAAGAUGCGACAUGCGAUCUACGGAUUCCUGAGAAGACCAAACUCAUUCUGGGCGGAGGUAAGCCCGACAUACCCGGUCCAGGAUCAUAUAAUUGGUAUUGGUCCAAAGAGGAAUUUGAAGGGAUAGGACCUAAGGGUGUUACCCCCGAUAGGGAUUUUAAAUGGGCGGUGGAUGAGGGUGAUAUAGCUUAUACUUUCAAUUGCUGGAUCCGAGCUUCCAAUGGAUUUAGAGGAUGGGAGACCAUUGAGUUAGGUACCAAUCCCCGAACGGUCCAAUACCUCAAUGGCCAUACUGCCGAUGCCCUCGCAAUUGCUUGUCCAACUGCGAAAUGCGAUAGAGGAGAUUGCGGUACGAUGGAGACUUGGGAUGCUUAA